GGAGAUAAAUGGAUAUAAGGAAUAACCCUACAGGAUUUCGAAGCACUUAUCAAGGCGGACUGAAGACAUGGCAAUUCUCGAGGUGGUUUUGGCGGCCGUCGUUUUGACUCGUCAUGCCGCGGCGGAGUGUCCCCCGGGCCAGCUGGAAUGCGCCCAGAGCAGCCAGUGCAUCUUCUCCCACUACAUUUGCGACAAAGGGGAAGACUGUUCUGAUGGGUCUGACGAGAGCGAGGACUUGUGUCAGGCCUGGGGGGGAGGAGACAACACGUGCGGUAAAGGCUACGUUACGUGCAAGAUCUGGGAUGGAAUCUCGUGCUAUGAUAUCCCAUAUUAUUGCGAGCAACCCCACCCACCUUGUGAGAGUGACUUGGAUAUGCGCGUCUGCGAGGUUAUAAAGAGUGGGAAGCUAAAACCUUUGUCUGAUAACACUGGAGAGGUAAGCCAGGUCAAUUUUGAGGUCGUGGAGGCGCUGUCUGACCUCUUCUUCAGCCAGGUCAACGUUACCUUCAGCCACCCCGAUUGUCCCUUUCCUUAUACUCUUUUGGGGGGGCGAUGCAUCUCUAUAUUUUUCCCAGCAAAGCUCGACUGGGGAUCAGCGCGCGCCUUUUGCAACGUCGUGGGGGGUGAACUGCUGACGCUGCAUCACCACGAGGAUAUCCAUACGCUUGUUACCCACCUGCAGGAGAACAACAUGGUGUCCGACUUUUGGCUUGGAGGAUUCUUGUACAACGAGACUGUGGGCUGGACUUGGCUCGACGACACCCCCGUGGAGUUGGGCACCCCCUUCUGGGCUCUCAGGCAUACGGAGGAGUGCCACAAGAGGAACAUGACCAUCAACGAUAGGAUCACUCUCCACGUUAACGAAGGCCAGUGCUACCAGUACACGCAGGCGCCCCAGAGUCCGCCCUUGGGUCACUGCCUCGCCCUCACCUACGGCAACUACUUCUACAUGAGCGACGAGCUUUGUCUGGAGAAGAGGAGUCCCUUGUGUGUCGCUGCGGCCUAGGAGGAGAUGCAACGGUUGGAGCGCCGCGUCUUGGUCCUUCAGAGGCUGUUUGGUGGUGGGAGUUGGUCGUUCGGGGAAUGCACGGCUAGUAUAAAGGUGUGAAAAGCAGAUAUGAUUAUGUUAAAUAUAUGAUAUAUAGAUAUCAGUAUAGGUACCAUAAAUGUGUGCGUGUAGGUAAUAGGUAAAGUUGACCGACCGUAUACAUACACACUCACAUACACACACAAGCAAAAACAUAAACACACACAUAAACACACACAUACACACACAAAAGCACUAAAACACAUAGACACAAACACAUACACAUGAACACAAACACA